AUGCAUAAUUAAUAUAACAUGUGUGCGAACGCGAAUAUGUCAUCAUGAACACCCGUCACAAGAUUUUCGGUUUAAUAUUUUUUGGGCGAGGCAACUAGUGAGUGUUUACAAACAAAUCGAUACAGAUCUGUAGCUUCGUAUGUCUGCUUAGUGAUAUUUUGAUUUAAAUACAUUGUGAGAGUCAUGACGACAAUAUAUCGUGAAAUUGAAUUCGAAAAUAAUCCAUCGAAAGUGUGUUACAGCGGGCAACUGUUGAAGGGAAAAGCUCAAAUUUAUUUGCCAGUGGACACCCAUGUGAAAGCAAUUUACAUUACGUUUAGUGGCGAAGGAUUUUGCCAGUGGUCUGAAAAUGUUGAUGGCGAACAAAUUACCGGCUCAAAGAUCUAUCUCAAUGAACGAGUCAAUCUUUUAUCAAACAGUUCACAAGCUCUUACUUAGCCAGUUGUAUGAGAAUCUAGAGAAAACUAAGGUAUUUGAUGUUACAGCUGAUAUCGUUGUGCCUGCCGGUAAUCAUUCCUAUCCGUUCCAAGUUCAAUUUCGUCCUAGACUUCCUACUUCCUAUGAAGGAACGUACGGACACAUUCGUUACAUCUCUACUCUACACAUCGAUCGUUCCUCAAAAAAGCUCGAUCCGUUUACAGAAACUUUCACUGUAAUCAAUCCACUGAAUUUAGACAACAAUUCGUCGUAUAGAAUGCCACUGGAAGUACGACAAUGUACAAAAUUCAACCAGUUUUGUUUGCUAUUCUGUUGGAAAACAGAUGAUUUAGAAAUAUUUGGUAAAUUGCCAGUUCGUGGAUAUUGUCCGGGUCAAACAAUGAAUUUGAAAUUGGAUGUAGUCAAUAAGAGCGGCCAGGAUAUUUUGCAUUUUGCGGUUCAAUUUGUGCAAGAAGUCACAUACACAGCAAACAAUGGACAGCAAAAGUUGGAACGCAUUGUACAGAGUACAAAACUGACGGAUGGUUGUAGAGCCGAUCGUCAUAAUCUGCAAUCAAUUAAGGUGAACACAUUAGUUCCGUCUCUACCUCCGACUAAUUUUUCGGCAGACGUUUGCGGGAGUCGUUAUAUGUUUGUGAUCAUAGCAUAUACAGAAAUUUGUCGUCGAAAUGUAACAUUUGAAAUACCGGUCAUCAUUGGAACGUAUCCAAUUUCAAAUGAAUUCUAUUCACCGUCCGAGAACGUUACAAAUCAAACAACAGUUUUACCAUCCGCACCACAGAUAGACGGAUACGCAUAUGGAUCGAAUAUAAGCAUCAACUCUUCUUCGGAUCUUCCACCUUAUCCAGAAGCAGAUCCUCCGACAUAUGAAGAAGCUACUCGAAGUAUUUUGGAUGUGACACCGCAACAAAAUUUCGUUCCCAAGUAUCCAACUUACAGAAGACAAACUUCGUACGCUACUGAAGAACCAUAACAACGUUAUUUUGAUCUAAGUGCCAGGAGUGCCUAUAAUGAUGACAAAAAUAAGUGGUUAAACUAGCGAAGCAAAAGAUAUUACAUCGAUCUCAUCGAAACGUUUUGAACCAUAGAAGAACCAGAUUUGUACGAUUAUAAUGGUAAAACGUUUGCCGUUUCUGAAUAGACACAACUCGAAUUGUUGGCCUCUAAAUUUUAAAUGCUUCGCUUGGCCACCUCUCUCAAU